AUGGAGGAGAUGCCCGCGCGCGUCACCGUGGUGUACCACAGUUUUCUAGGUUUCUUGGUCGCAUCCGCCGCUGCCGCCGCCACCGCCAUCCCGCCGCCGCCGCUCGCGCGCCCUCCGCGCCGGCCGCCGCUUCUACCCGAUCCAUCCGCCUGCCCGCGGUCUCCAGCCGCCGCCGCAGCCGCGCUCCUCCGCGCCGGCCGCCACUCGCACCUCGCUAGCCGCCGCGCUGCCUCCCGCAUCGCUAGCCCGCCCGCCCUCGCUCGCAGCCUGGUUUCCUGUGUCUACCCGGCGACCGCGCACAUACAUAUACGUGCUUGUACAGCCAAGCGAUCGAUCCAGGAAAUCCAUCAGCUUCGUGUGUCUCUCGCGCGCCGCCGCCGCCGCUCCCCGCCGCCGCCGCUACCGCGCAGCGCCUCCCCGCGCGCGCCGCUGCCGUCCAUGGACUCUCCGGGCUACUUCACCAUCUACGGUGGAACCGCUCCACCGGCCGCGCCGAUCCAGUCACGUCCUCCCACACCCGCCGGGUGUUACCCGUUGUCGCCACCAGCGCCUCCCCCGCAGCAACCGCAAGGGGGAGGUGGCCGACGCAACCGGCGUGGCGGCGGUCGCCGCCGCCUGCAGCAGCAGCGGGCCCAGGACGCCGGGGGGGCGCCGCACUAUCAGCAGGCUCUCCCCGCUGGCCACCAGGCGUUCAUUGGCGCGCCCUUGCAGCCGAUUGGCGCCGGCUACGGCGCCCUCCUUGCGCCGCCGCCCCUUGGUGGUUAUGGCCCGACCGUCUAG